AAAGUAUUAUAAUAAGUAUACUUAUAAAUUGCAAUAUUAAAAUUUUAUUGAAAAUUCGAAUUAUCUUCUUAAAUGAAAUUUGCAGGAGUACUACUCGUAGGGGCGCAAGGUUCGAACAAGAGAUAUAAUCAUUCGGACAAGAGAUAUAAUCAUAUGUUUGUAUUUGGAGAUUCGUAUGCGGAUACUGGAAAUCUGGAUAAAGGUUUAGCAAGCUCGUGGAGGGAACCGUAUGGAACCACUUUCCCGAGAAAACCCUCCGGCCGCUUCUCCGAUGGUCGUGUCCUCACUGAUUUCAUCGGUAAUUAUACCAAGUUCUUGCGAAUCAAGUCUCCAAUAGCGUACGCACAGAUGAAAUUGGGAGUUAAGAAAUUGAGACACGGUAUGAACUUCGCCUUCGGAGGGAGCGGGGUUUUUGACACUCUGGGCGAUUUUUUGCCUAAUAUGACAACUCAAAUCGACUACUUCGAGAAACUAAUAAACGACUCGGUUUACACGACUUUGGAUUUGCACUCCUCCGUCGUUCUUGUUGCUCUUGCUGGGAAUGAUUAUGGUGCUUUUCUUGCCAAUGGUGGCACUAACCAGUCUAUCAUACUCUACAUCUCUUUUUUGCUUAAAAAUAUUAUUUGUUGUAUAAAUUCUCAGGGCCUGCGAAGUUUCAUUCCUCUUGUGAUCAAUCAACUAUCGACGAACCUAAAACGAAUUCAAAAAAUGGGAGCAACGAAAGUAAUCGUGACAGCUUUGGAGCCAUUAGGGUGCCUCCCUCGAACGACAGAGUCGUCUUCGUUCAAGAAAUGCAAUGCCACUCAGAACUUAGAUGUCAACUUUCACAACCUUCUCUUACGGCAAACGGUAGCCAAACUGAACAACGAAACGAAUAACCCCACUUUUUUCAUUCUUGAUCUCUACAAAUCUUUCACUACAGUGCUCCAACGUAAAAACAAUCAUAAAGGGAAGUUGAAGUUUGAGACGCCAUUGAAGCCAUGUUGCAUGGGCAUAAGCAACGAGUUCUCAUGCGGAAGUGCGGACGAAAAUGGUACAAAACUGUACAAACUUUGUAGCAAUCCGAAAUCAGCAUUCUUUUGGGACUCGUCGCAUCCAACUCAGGCUGGAUGGAAAGCGGUCUACACGAUUGUGAAGUCGAGUCUUGCACAAUUAUUUUGAUUUUAGUAAAAUAUGUUUUGGUUAUUCAUUAUUAAUUAUUAAUAUAUAAAGGUAAUGUUUAUUAGCUUUUAGUUU